GAUAUCAGAGACGAAGCAAAAGAUAGACAAAGAAAGGAAUUUUUCUGAUGAGUUUGUCAUCCUGCGUACAUUCGAUCCUCCUACGGUUCAGGAUGCCACGGCCGCUGCUACUCUACACGGCGACGUGGACGGUGCUGUUGACAAUGACGGUGGCGCUGGUAUCCUUCUCCCCUGAGAUGGCCUUCGUGUCGGCGAUUUCUCCGUCAUCGUCAUUCUCUCGAGCUUGCGAUGGUCAGGAUCAAGUGAGCAGCGUGAGGGUGCCGUUAGAUGUGCCAGGAGAAGUGGUGUGUUUGCCGGCACACCUCUUCAGUAAGAUGACCUUUUUGGAUUUCCUUGUUCCUCCUGUUUUUGCAGCCAUUGCUGUGGCUGCUUCCGCUUGCGUCGUUCGAGCCAUGGCCCUGUGGGAAGAAGACGAUUGAUAUCAGUUAAUCACUUGAGAGAGAGAGAGAGAGGACAUCUUGUUC